UUACAGCAGUAUUCUUCCUUUCCUCUGUCUCUCUCUCUCUCUCUCUCCACUGUUGCGGUUCCCACCGCCGCCGCUUUCACCGCUAUGGUCUCCAGUGCUGCAGUUUGUACUGCUGCUGUUUCAACUCCGGGUUUCACUCCAGCAGUUUCUGCUACGGAAGUUGCCUCCGCUGCUCGUCCUGUCACUGCUGGUUCAUCUGCUGCUAAUGCAGUUCCCACUGUUGCGGUUCCCACCGCCGCCGCUUCCACCACUGUGGUCUCCACUGCUGCAGUUUCUACUGCUGCUGUUUCAACUCCGAGUUUCACUGCAGCAGUUUCUGCUACGGAAGUUGCCUCCGCUGCGGUCCCUGCUACGGAAGUUGCCUCUGCUGCGGUUCCUACUACAACAGUUGUCUCUGCUGCGGUUCCACUUUUUACCACUUCCUCUGCUUCUCUUGAUGUUGAUCUCGCUAAUCUCGUUGAUCCCCCCGACCUACAGCCAGAGCAUCGUAAUUACACCAGGGAAGGAGGUUUUACCAUUGCUGUCCUAGAAAUAGCGAUGAGGAACCGCCAGCUUGAACUACGCCAUGCUCUACCAGUGCCACGUCAGCAGUGCCAGAUCAGCUGUGCCACGUCAGCAGUGCCGCGUCACAGUGCCGCGUCACAGUGCCGCGUCACAGUGCCACGUCACAGUGCCAAGUCACAGUGCCAGAUCAGCAGUGCCACGUCCGCAGUGCCAGAUCAGCAGUGCCACGUCCACAGUGCCAGAUCAGCAGUGCCACGUCCGCAGUGCCAGAUCAGCAGUGCCACGUCCGCAGUGCCAGGUCACAUUGCCACGUCAGACAUAGUGCCACGCCAACUGCCCAAUGAGACCAUUGCCGCCUACAAGCAGCGUUGCCUGGCUCAGAUAGAGGCCGAGGAACAACGCCUGCUGGCAGUCGAGGCUGCCCGCAUACAAGCUGAAGAGGCAGCAGCAGCAGAGAAACUGCGGUUACAGGCUGAUGCAGAAGCAGAUGCCCAGGCUCGCGGAAAGGAAGCCAACAACAUCGACAGACUCAAGUACUGGCAUUUUCAACCAAAAGGCGACGAUGCAACACCGGAAGAAAAGCACAAGGAGUUCCUCUCGAAACUCGUGACGCGGUUGUUGUAUGCUUGCAACUACCAAAGGUCAGAGUUGGAGAGACAGCACCGGGACCUGACGCAACAGCAUCAGGAAUUGGCGACGCUCCGCCGCACAGUGCAGAGCCACGAGGAUGCAACUCGGGCACUCAAUGCCCGAUUGUUGGACCUGGAACARGCWGUACCAGGACCAGCUGCUGRAGCUUCCAGYARUGCWCCCUCAAGCCGCCAAUUGGAGGACCGCGUUGACCACGUAGUGGCAAUGCUCGGCGACAUCAGCACCUUCGCUGCGCCGACCACCACCAUCAGCAGUCAGCUGCAUACAUUGAAGACCGAGGUCCAAAAGCUGCGGUCGACGAACGCGGACGACAAUCCGAAGAUGUACAAGAUGCCAACUUUCAACAUGGAGAGGUUCGACGAUUACACGCAGCAGGAUCCCGUCCUCUGGUGGGAAGCAUUCACAACGCAACUCAGGAUUCUGCCAGUAGCCAAGCAUGCGUACAUCGGCGCCCUGUUCCUGAACUCAAAGGGCGGAUGCCAGACCUGGUUGAGCCACCUGGCAACCUCCCACGGCGUCGACGUACCAGACUUGAAGGACGUAAUCACAUGGGAGGAACUAACACGGCUGUGGAAGAAGCGGUUCAUCGUCGACGACGCGCCGACACUCGCCAUCAACCGUUUGUUCACCAUGUCACUGGGCAACACAGCAACACGGGACUGGCUCACGGAGUGGCAGAGGAUUGCGGCUGUGCCCAAUCUGAACCUACCAUUCGAGCAUCUACGCCGUGAGUUCUACAACAGGUCCUGUGCGGCAUUGAGCCAGGCUCUUGGUGAUCGCGAGCAGUACUCAACCUUCGCAGAGAUCAUUGACAAAGCGAGGGAGAUCAUCAAGACCAACAGGUCAGCUGCACACGAGAAAUCAACAUCAUGGCARCCGACCUAUGUGGAGAAGGUACGAACUGGUCCGCGACAGCAGCACUUCGCUGCAGUCCAGCAGGAGAGUGGAGAUAACCCAGCAGCCACUCCAGUAUCAAGUGACGGAGAUCAGGUGGCCGCUGUCCAGCCCCGAAGCACCAACAAGUCUUGUAACAAUGGGAAGGCGAAAUCCGCAUCGCAGGCCGGAAAUGGACAGCCAGGACAGUUUCCAUGGGUCAAGUUUGGCUUGACCGAGGCGGAGUACAAGGUCCGCGACCGCUAUGGCAGCUCCUAUUGGUGCAACAACACCAAGCACAAGACCUCCCUCUGCCACGUGGUAUCGGCCGCAAGCAUGCGAGUUUCCAUCAUCAGAGACGACAUCGAGGAGAUGGGGGUGUGUUUUCUCCACGCCCUCCCGCCACAUGACGCUUCAUCGACGGACUCACCUUCGGAUCCACGCAUCACCGAACUUCUCGACGCCUACAGCGACGUGUUCGAAGGCCCGCACGGAGUAGUACCGGAUCGACCCAUCCGCCACGAGAUCAUCCUCGAGGACGGGGCCGUACCUCCGCGCAGUUGCAUCUACCGAAUGAGCGAGGAAGAGUUAAGUGUGCUUCGGGCACAACUCGACGACUUUCUAGAGAAAGGUUGGAUUCGGCCUAGCUCAUCGCCAUACGGUGCUCCUGUUUUCUUCGUCCGGAAGAAGAAUAAGGAUUUGCGGUUGUGCAUCGAUUAUCGCAAGAUCAACGCGCAGACGAUCAGGAACGCCGGCCCUCUCCCACGCAUCGACGACCUUCUCGAGCGAUUGGGCAGCGCCCAGUUCUUCUCUAAGUUGGAUCUCAAGUCAGGGUACCACCAACUCGAGAUUCGCAAGGAGGAUCGCUACAAGACCGCGUUCAAGACUCGGUAUGGGCAUUUCGAAUGGCUGGUCAUGCCAUUUGGCCUUACGAAUGCCCCAGCCACUUUCCAAGCGGCUAUGACGACGGAGUUCCGUCACAUGCUGGAUCGUUUCGUACUUGUAUACCUCGACGACAUUUUGGUUUACAGCCGGAGUCUAGACGAGCAUGUGGAACACCUGCGCACCGUUUUGGAGCGGCUACGACAGGCCAAGUACAAAGCAAACCGCGACAAGUGCGAGUUCGCACAGAUUGCUGCACCUAUGACGAGGUUACAGUCGCCAAAGGUGCCAUUCGUAUUCGAUGACGACACACGCCGGUCAUUCCAAGCACUUAAGACGGCUAUGCUCAUGGCAGUUGUCCUUAGCAUUUAUGACCCCACCCUGCCGACACGAGUGACUACGGACGCUUCCGGCUAUGGCAUUGGGGCAGUCUUGGAACAGCACGACGGCGACGACUGGCACCCUCUGGAGUAUUUCAGCCACAAAGUGCCUCCCAUUAACUCGCUUGAUGAUGCAAGGAAGAAAGAGCUGCUCGCAUUCGUGAUGGCUCUCAAACGCUGGCGGCACUUCCUCCUUGGGCGUUGUAGGUUCACAUGGAUCACAGACAACAAUCCAUUGAACUACUACAAGACGCAGGACAYGGUGAGCAGCACGAUCGGACGAUGGUUGUACUUCAUCGACCAAUUUGACUUCACACCAAAGCAUGUCCCUGGCCUCUCCAAUCGCGCAGCAGAUGCACUCUCGUGAAGACCUGAUCUUUGCGCUAUGACACAUCAUGCCUUCGCAUUCGACGAGGAGCUUCAGCGACACUUCAUCCGGGCAUAUCAGUCUGAUCCGGACUUCGGCACGCUCCAUGCACAACUAUCUUCGGAUCACUCGCCGGCCAGCCAUUACCGCAUUGCCGACGGGCACUUGCUCCUCCACUCGAGAGGCAAGGACUUACUGUGUCCCACGCGACCGUCGACUUCGGACUCGCCGGCCAUUUCGGAGUCAACCGCACUAUUGCACGACUUCGACAGCGAUUCCGAUGGCCCGACCUCAUUACUGAUGGCACUCGGUAUUGCGACUCUUGCGAAGUUUGCCGAUGCAGCAAGCCCCGCAACCACAAUUCCUACGGCGAGUUACACCCGAUG